AUGAACACGUCCUGUAUACUGGCUGUAGAGGACCAGAGCUGUCCACCUGUUUCCCUGGACUUGCACAACUCUUCUUUGACCACUUCAUAUUCUCGCCACAUGAACUUUUCGGUCAAUAUGACAACACAGAGCGUCCCAUUUGAAGGCAGCAGCACGCUCAUGACUGCUCUCAUCUCCUUCACUGUUUUCGUGGCCGGGCUGGUGGGAAAUACUCUGGCCAUAUACGUUGUCCUGCGCUACGCCAAAAUGAAAACAGUGACUAAUAUUUACAUCCUGAAUCUGGCGGUGGCGGACGAGUUGUACAUCCUGGGACUGCCCUUUCUCACGACCCAGAACGUGCUGUCUUACUGGCCCUUCGGAUCGUUCAUGUGCCGUGUGGUGAUGACCGCGGACUCGAUGAACCAAUUCACUUCGAUCUUCUGCCUCACGGUGAUGUCCAUAGACCGCUACCUGGCCGUGGUGCACCCCAUACGCAGCACCAAGUGGCGUCACCCGCGGGUGGCCAAAGUGGUGAGCGCGGCUGUGUGGGCCAUGUCCUUCAUCGUGGUGCUGCCUGUGGUCAUCUUCUCUGAUAUUCAGGAAACGUUUAACUCGUGCAACAUGAUUUGGCCCGAGCCGAAAGACGUGUGGUCAACGGCCUUUAUCCUGUACACAGCCACACUGGGCUUCUUUGGUCCGCUGCUCAUCAUCUGCCUCUGCUACCUGCUCAUUGUGAUCAAGGUGAAGUCCUCGAGUGCUCGGGCAGGUGUGACGAAGCGGCGCAGGUCAGAGCGUAAGGUGACCCGGAUGGUGGUGGUGAUCGUGGUGGUGUUCGUGCUCUGCUGGCUGCCCUUCUUCAUCAUCAACAUGGUCAACCUCGUGGUCAUCAUCCCCGAGUCCAGCGCCACCGCCGGCAUAUACUUCUUUGCAGUCAUCCUGUCCUAUGCUAACUCCUGCGCCAACCCGGUGCUCUAUGGUUUCCUGUCCGACAACUUCAAGCAGAGUUUCAGAAAAGUGUUGUGUGUGAAGAGUGUUCGCUGUCAGACCAAUGGUGUGGACGAUGGAGACCCCAGUGCCCCUCGGACCGAAAAGACUCAAGACUGCCUCCUGCUUUCCCCUCGCAACCAGGUCUACCACCACCCCCAGUGCGGUCAGAUCUCCCCGCAGCCGCCCGGAUCGCCCAUGUGUCACACGGCGGCCGCUGACCUGCACCUCUUCUCUCCAUCGGGACAGUCCUUGUCUCCUGAAUUAGAAACGGAACCAAACUAUAAAAUGAGGAACGCUCCGUUUGAAAACCAAGAGAAAUCCCCCACCGUCACCGCCCUCACCACUCCCUCGUCGCCCUCCGUCGCUCUGCACACUUAA